AUAGACCGACUAACAUCUGUCAUAUUUCACCAAACGACACUCUGAUACGUCGGUAUCAUACGUGCAACAAUGACAUUAUUAGUGCUGUUUUGUAUCGUAUUUGUGACAGCUAACAAAGUGCACGUCGGGACAAGAUUCAUUAGCAGCACCUCAAACAACAACAAUAACAACAACAACAACAACAACAAUGUGAACGUCAACGUUAACUAUAACACCGUUGUGACAUCAUCUGUAACAAUUAUAAGUAACCACGUGACUUGUCAUGUAAAUGGCCUUGUUUAUGGACUCGCCGAGGGCACCGUAAGUGCAGACGGCUGUACCAAAUGUUCCUGCACACAGACAGGAAUGGUUUGCAGUUCUUUAAACUGCCAAGGCCAUCAACCAGUUAAAACAGAUUUCCAUAAAUGUAAAUAUUCUGGGGUAACCCAUAAUUUCGGAGAUAUAUUCACUCAUGCAGACGGAUGUAACAAAUGUGUUUGUGGACUAAGUUCGAUACAGUGUACGGACGCAGUCGCAUGUAAACCUACUACACCUUCAUACGACUGCACGUAUCAGGGCACGGGUUAUAUGUCUGGACAAAGUUUCUCUCACACAGACAACUGUAAUCUUUGUCAAUGUACAAUUCUGGGAGUAAUAUGCACGUCAAAAACGUGCACGACAACAACCACAACAACCACAAUGGCGCCGUACACGUGCGAGUGGUUUGGCGCGUUUUAUCACGACGGUGACGUCAUGCAGGGAGACGGGUGCCAUACAUGUACAUGUCAAGGUGGACAAGCAAUCUGCUCUGCUACACUUAACUGUCCGGUAUCGCCAUGACUUUACUGAACGACCAUAUUAUAUUACAUAAAUAAACGAUGAACAUGUUAUUUAUACGUCCUAAAUUGUGUGACUUAAAACUAAAAGAAUAUCUCAAAACGUUUUGUUACCAAAACUGAUCGAUACAUUUACAAACAAAAGAAUAAAGUGCUUUUCACUUGAAUGAUCUCUAAUACUGGUUUCUGUUAAUUCUUUAACAAAAACUUUUAUAUUCAAAUGUUACUCACACAUUGUUUUCUGUCCAUUUUAAUCUAUUUCUACCUUAUUUUAGAAUGAGAAAAAAACCUUAUUAUCGAAUGAGAAAGAAACCGUAUC